CCCUUCAACAGGGAAGUGAAGCAGCUUCUCGGAGCAGGUGUCAGCAGCAGUGAACUCCCCACAACACCGGACCACCACAGCGGACGAAAGGAACUUUAUUUUUACUUUAAACUUUUUACUUUUUUUUUUAAACAAUUCCCCUUCAUUUCCUCUCUGUCCUCUGCUCCAGCGCGCACACAGCAGGCCUAUGUUGAGUUUUUAAUGUUCUCUAAAAUGGUAUCCAAGCUGACAUCCCUGCAGCAGGAGCUCCUCAGCGCCCUGCUGGACUCAGGAGUUACCAAAGAUGUUCUGAUCCAGGCCCUGGAUGAUAUGGACCCCAGCCCGCCGGGCUUUGGAGUAAAACUGGAGAGCCUGUCCAUGUCUCCCGCUCCGCCUCAGAGCGGUAAGAUGAACGGGGCGGACGCCGACUCGAAGCCCGUCUUCCACACUCUCACCAACGGCCACAGCAAGGGCAAACUAUCCGGGGACGAGGGCUCCGAGGACGGGGACGACUACGACACCCCGCCGAUACUGAAGGAGCUCCAGUCCCUCAACACGGAGGAGGCCGCCGAGCAGAGGGCGGAGGUGGAGCGCAUGUUGGCAGAGGACCCAUGGCGUGCUGCCCGCAUGAUCAAAGGUUACAUGCAGCAACACAACAUCCCCCAACGGGAGGUGGUGGACAUCACGGGGCUGAACCAGUCUCACCUCUCCCAGCACCUCAACAAAGGCACGCCCAUGAAAACACAGAAGCGAGCGGCUCUCUACACCUGGUAUGUCAGGAAACAGCGGGAAAUUCUCAGACAGUUCAACCAGGCAGUGCAAGGUUCUGGCAGCAAUAUGACAGACAAAGGCAAUCAGGAUCCGGUGUUUUUUUUCCCAGAAUUCAACUCGUCCGGUCAGGGCAUGGGUCAGCCCAGUGACGAGGUCGGCAGUGAACCCUCCUGCAAGAAAAUGAGACGUAACCGUUUCAAAUGGGGGCCUGCGUCCCAGCAAAUCCUGUACCAGGCCUAUGAACGGCAGAAGAACCCCAGCAAGGAGGAGAGGGAGGCUUUAGUAGAAGAAUGCAACAGAGCUGAGUGUCUUCAGAGAGGUGUCUCCCCAUCCAAAGCGCAGGGCCUGGGCUCUAAUCUGGUCACAGAAGUGCGAGUCUACAACUGGUUUGCCAACCGGCGCAAGGAGGAAGCCUUCAGGCAGAAGUUGGCCAUGGACGCCAUCACUGCACCGACCCACAGCAUCAACCCUCUGCUGUCACACGGCUCGCCACAUCACCCCCAGACCAGCGCUUCUCCUCCCAUGCGUUACAGCCAAGGCCCCGGUGAGGUCUCCUCCUCCUCGGCCAUCAGUCACCACACUAGCAACGCGAUGGUGACCAGCCAGUCAGUGCUCCAACAGGUGUCUCCGGGAGGAUUGGACCACAGCCAUAGUCUGCUGUCACCUGACGCCAAGAUGAUUUCUGGUUCAGGUGGAGGACUUCCUCCAGUCAGCACACUGACAAACAUCCACAGUUCCCAUCACAGCCAUCAGCAGACACAGAACCUUAUCAUGCCUCUAUCUGGGGUCAUGGCCAUAGCACAGAGUUUAAACACAUCGCAGUCUCAGACGGUGCCAGUGAUCAACAGUGUGGCGGGCAGCCUUGCAGCGCUGCAGCCGGUGCAGUUCUCCCAGCAGCUCCACAGCCCCCACCAGCAGAGCCUGAUGCAGCAGUCUCCAAGCCACAUGAGCCAGCAGCCAUUCAUGGCAACUGUCACACACUCACACAUGUAUCCUCACAAGCAGGAGCCCCCACAAUAUUCCCACCCGUCACGUUUUCCCUCGGCCAUGGUGGUCACAGACGCCAACAGCAUCAGCACCCUCAGCUCCAUGUCUUCAAGCAAGACGGACGCUCCUGUAAACAAGAUGGUGCAACUUGGGGGUCUCUCCUGGUGUCCUCUUCAAGCUUGGUGAGAGCAUCCUUGACUUCCUCGGUGCCCGGCAACCGGAGCACAUUUUUCCACCCUCUCACCGCGGUAACCAUGACAACUCUUAAUAACCGGCAACGGCGCGCUGGAUGAUGAGUCAGUCAACAAACAAGAGGAGUGACGACAGUGGGCCAGGCGGUGAAAAUGAGAAAUGGGGACAGAGAAGGAAAACAAACAAAAAGAAAAAAAAAAAAACUCACUGCACCUGAAAGUGAAGAGGCUGGAUUCUGACUCCCUCUGCCGCACACACAUGAUCAACAAGGAUGUAUGAUUUUAACACAAUCUUUGAAAACAGUAUUCAAUUUUCCAUGCCCCUGUUUUUUUUUUUUUUUUUUUUUAAAUCUACAGUCAUCCUCUUCUGUGACAUUACAAAGGAACAAAAACCAAGCACCGAAAACUGCUCAUGACCCGUGUGGACAUGAAUGAGGGCUCUGGGACAACUUCACCCACUAUCACCCUGUGAUUAAAGGUGGAAAUAUGUAGAUACACUGAGACAGUGAUGAGCCUCUGUGAAGGCUUAAGGGCAGAGUGAAGGUGAUUCACCCACACAAAGUACCUGCACGUGAGCAGAACUGUGUGACAAUCACAAUUGCCUGUACUGAUCUUGUGCAUGCAUUUGACAUUCUGACUGGCCUUUAAAGGAGUCUUCCAUUGUUAUUCUUUCACACUCAGUUUACUGUACUAGCAUUAGUGCAGGUGAUGAAUGCCAUCUGUCGCCGGUGGAAUUCAUCAUUUCGAGUUGUUCAGCGUGUAUACUGUGAUUGAAAAAGACUUUGACAAUCUUGAAAGGACUAUGCAAUGUGUCCAUAGGUGUAUGCAAUGCUUUGUAUGGCUGGAUUCUGCACAGAACUCCACACACUUGAGACUGGAAAUGAAUAUCAGUGAAGUCACCAACAAUUAUUAUAGCAUACUGGAGUUGAAA